AUGAGUCCGGAGGGCGACACCCCCACCCCGCCCGCCCGCCCGCCCCCUCCCUCCUUAUGAGAGAGAAGGAGAGCAGCGCCGGAGCCACACUGCGCCGAGCCCGCGCCCCGCCGCCACCUCGGCCCGGGAGCCAGGAGCGAGCCCUGCGUGUCCGCGCGGGGCGCCCGAGCCGCGGGGCGCACGGCGGCGCCGGGAGGGGAGCGCCCCGGGGCGGCCGCAGCUCCGGGCACGAUGCAGAGAGCCGGAGCCGGAGGUGGGGGCGCCCCCGGGGGCAGCAGCGGGGGCAGUGGGGGUCCGGGCACUGCCUUCUCCAUCGACUCCCUCAUCGGGCCGCCGCCGCCCCGCUCCGGCCACUUGCUCUACACCGGCUACCCCAUGUUCAUGCCCUACCGGCCGCUCGUGCUGCCGCAGGCGCUGGCCCCUGCGCCGCUGCCCGCCGGCCUCCCGCCCCUCGCCCCGCUAGCCUCCUUUGCCGGCCGCCUUACCAACACCUUCUGCGCGGGGCUGGGCCAGGCUGUGCCCUCGAUGGUGGCGCUGACCACCACGCUGCCCAGCUUCGCGGAGCCGCCCGACGCCUUCUACGGGCCCCCGGAGCUCGCCGCUGCUGCUGCCGCCGCCCGAAACAAUCCCGAGCCGGGCGGCCGACGCCCAGAAAGCGGGCUGGAAGCCGAGGAGCUGCUGCCGGCCCGGGAGAAAGUGGCAGAGCCCCCACCGCCCCCGCCUCCGCACUUCUCUGAGACUUUCCCAAGUCUGCCGGCAGAGGGGAAGGUGUACAGCUCAGAUGAGGAGAAGCUGGAGGCACCAGCAGGAGACCCAGCAGGCAGCGAACAGGAGGAAGAGGGCUCAGGCGGUGACAGCGAGGACGACGGUUUCCUGGACAGUUCUGCAGGGGGCCCCGGGGCUCUCCUGGGACCUAAACUGAAGCUAAAGGGAAGCCUGGGGACUGGAACUGAGGAAGGGGCACCAGUGGCAGCAGGAGUCACAGCUCCUGGGGGCAAAAGCCGAAGGCGCCGCACAGCAUUUACUAGUGAGCAGCUUUUGGAAUUGGAGAAGGAGUUUCAUUGCAAGAAAUACCUGAGCUUGACAGAGCGGUCCCAGAUUGCCCACGCCCUCAAGCUCAGUGAGGUGCAGGUCAAGAUCUGGUUUCAGAAUCGGCGGGCCAAGUGGAAGCGCAUCAAAGCUGGCAAUGUGAGCAGCCGUUCUGGGGAGCCCGUAAGAAACCCCAAGAUUGUCGUGCCCAUACCUGUGCAUGUCAACAGGUUUGCUGUGAGGAGCCAGCACCAACAACUGGAACAGGGGGCCCGGCCUUGAAGGGGCUCCUAAGGAAUUCGGAAGGCAAAGGAUCUGUUCCUGAGCCUGCUCUGAGACUGGGUUAGGGUUCUGUGGACCAA